GCAGUACCUGCUGGCCUGUCACUCACCCGCAGCUCGCUCACCUAGCGCCGACGUUAGCAUAAAGGAGGCGUCCAACGAACGUCUGAAUGAAUGAAAAGGGCUGGGAACCCAGAGUGAGCGGGAAGCCACUUGGAAAACACCCAUUUGAGGAGGCGGCCCAUUUUUCCCAGGACCCCUCCUCCCUGCCCCUCGGCCCCGCCUCCUGACCCCUCCAUUCCCCGUCCCCGUAGGAAUCCCCUCCGGUUUUCCUCAGUCUCCAGGGCGCGCCCCAAAACCCGGAAAACCGGAGCGCUCCCCAUGGACCACACGGAGGGCUCGCCCGCCGGGGAGCCGCCUGCGCAUGCUCCUUCGCUGGGUCUUUGAAAUUAUGAGACUAUCAUUGAAAUGGAAGCAUGGUAGUUCUUCGCAACCAUUAUGAUCUCAAAAGGAAAAGAGAAUGAUACAGAUACACUGGCUGAGGUGUUUUGAGGUGCACCGAAGUGUUCCAGGCUGGGACUUUCCUUAACAUGUUCUUGAAGUACCAUGGCGUGGAUUAAAAGGAAAUUUGGUGAGCGACCACCACCCAAGCGACUCACUAGGGAGGCUAUGCGAAACUAUUUAAAAGAGCGAGGGGAUCAAACAGUGCUUAUUCUUCAUGCAAAAGUUGCACAAAAGUCAUAUGGAAAUGAAAAAAGGUUUUUUUGCCCUCCUCCAUGUGUGUAUCUUAUGGGCAGUGGAUGGAAGAAAAAAAAAGAGCAAAUGGAACGCGAUGGUUGUUCUGAACAAGAGUCUCAACCUUGUGCAUUUAUUGGAAUAGGAAAUAGUGACCAAGAAAUGCAGCAGCUGAACUUGGAAGGAAAGAGCUAUUGCACAGCUAAAACCUUGUACAUAUCUGAUUCCGACAAGAGAAAACACUUCAUGUUAUCUGUAAAGAUGUUCUAUGGCAACAGUGAUGACAUUGGUGUGUUCCUCAGCAAGCGGAUAAAAGUCAUCUCCAAGCCUUCCAAAAAGAAGCAGUCACUGAAAAAUGCAGACUUGUGCAUUGCCUCAGGAACAAAGGUGGCUCUGUUUAAUCGCCUUCGGUCCCAGACGGUCAGUACCAGAUACUUGCAUGUAGAAGGAGGCAACUUCCACGCCAGUUCCCAGCAGUGGGGAGCAUUUUACAUUCAUCUCUUGGAUGAUGAUGAAUCAGAAGGGGAGGAAUUCACUGUCCGAGAUGGCUACAUCCAUUAUGGACAAACGGUCAAACUCGUGUGUUCUGUGACUGGCAUGGCACUCCCAAGAUUGAUAAUUAGGAAGGUUGAUAAGCAGACGGCUUUGCUGGAUGCAGAUGAUCCUGUGUCUCAACUCCAUAAAUGCGCAUUCUACCUGAAGGAUACAGAAAGAAUGUACUUGUGCCUUUCUCAAGAAAGAAUAAUCCAAUUUCAGGCCACUCCAUGUCCAAAAGAACCAAAUAAAGAAAUGAUCAAUGACGGAGCUUCCUGGACAAUCAUUAGCACAGACAAGGCGGAGUACACCUUUUACGAGGGAAUGGGCCCCGUCCUUGCCCCUGUCACCCCUGUGCCUGUUGUGGAAAGUCUCCAGCUGAAUGGCGGUGGGGACGUGGCGAUGCUUGAACUCACAGGACAGAAUUUCACUCCAAAUUUACGAGUGUGGUUUGGGGAUGUGGAAGCUGAAACAAUGUACAGGUGUGGAGAGAGCAUGCUCUGUGUUGUCCCAGACAUUUCUGCAUUCCGAGAAGGUUGGAGGUGGGUCCGGCAGCCAGUCCAAGUUCCAGUAACUUUGGUCCGUAAUGAUGGAAUCAUUUAUUCCACCAGCCUUACCUUUACCUACACCCCCGAACCAGGGCCCCGGCCACACUGCAGCGCCGCGGGAGCCAUCCUUCGAGCCAACUCCAGCCAAGUGCCCCCCAGCGAGCCCAGCACAAACAGCGAGGGCAGUUACACAAACGCCAGUACAAAUUCAUCCAGCGUCACAGCGUCAUCUGCAGCCACGGUGCUGUCCUAACCACCGUCUUUUUGCUGGGACCUAAACUGACUGGAGUGUGGCAGAAAGUUGACAGAAAAAGGAAAGAGAAGAAAAAAAAAUGAACAAUCUCUGUGGUUUCUUGGGAAAACUUUUCAUACCAGGUGAUACUAUAGAAAGCCCCUGCCUGUUACUUGCAAGUGCUGAUUGGAAACACAGAAGCCACCGUAAAACAAAAACAACAGCUAAAUGUACAAAGCAUUGGAAUUGAAUUUUCAGCUGUUUUUUGUUUUGUUUUGUUUUUGUUUUUAUUUUUUGGUCUUUGUUGUUUUUCUGUUGUUUGGUCGGUUUUGUUUAAAUGGGCAAGAAAUAGAUAUGUGGCUGGAAUAAAGGUUAAGCAAACUAGAAGGCACAAAUCUAACAUAGUUUUGACGGACCAAGGAACUUGUAUAAGCUUUAGUAAAAGGUACCUUUUCACCAUACCUUUUUUAUAUCGCAGUAUAUAGUACACCUUGUUACCAAAUAGGCUCUUCUCCCUCCCUGCCCUUUGGAGCUUUGCUCUGAAGUACAGCCAGGUUCCAAGCCCGACCGCACUGGUUUCAUCCAGUUGCCCUAUUCCAGGUUGCUUUGGUCCAAGGCUGGAACUUUUUUUUUUCUUUUUUAUGCUGACGUCUUAAUGACUUUCCGUGAGUUGAAAUUGUUUAAAUUUCAGCAAGUCACAUCUUCAAAAGUCUGCAUUUGUUUGUUUGUUUUUUUUAAAGAUUAAAUGAAGUCUGUGCAAAAGCUUUAAAAAAGAGAUGCCUCUGCCUUGCCUGCCUACGCGCAAUGGACGUGAACUUGGUCUCUGUCCUCAGACACUGCUGGGAGUUCUUCUGUGUUUUCCUUUUUUACAAAGAAAUUGUAUUUAUAGUGGUAAUCCAAGAAGUUCUAACGUUGGCGUGGAAUUCCAUGUGGCUAAAAUGAGUUAAUGGCGCAGAACAUGUCGGUAUUUGGAGUGUUGGCUCCCCUUCCCUGUGCGUGAGUGCAUCUGUAUGUUCCAGAACGUGUUCAGGUCCUCCUCCGCCCCGAUAUUGUACAUAACUUGUAUUAUGUGUAAGUUAAACAUUUUAUUUUGAACAUGGAAUGUUCCCAGUGAUUUCGUUCAGCAAGGUCUUUUUCUGCCUUGUUGACAAAUGGAAAAAAAAGAAAAUAUAUCAUGAGAAUUAUUUGCUAUCAAUUGGUAAUGGCACCCUUAUGGUAGAAUGUGGAAAAUUUCAACAAAAGCAUGCUUUAUUAUCUUUGCCUCUUUUUUUUUUUUUUUUUUUUUUUUGGUUUGGUAGCCUAGGCCAAACCAUCAUUAUAAUCUUUACACAUAAGAUGCUUUUAUUAGGUGAUAAACUAAAAUAGCUGAAUGACAGUACUUUAGAAGCAGGUCGUUGUAAGAUUAUAAAAUGCAAAUGUAACUUAUGUUUCCAUUUCUCCCCAUGCCUAUUUUGGUCUCCUCCCCGGUACUGGGCAUCUCCACAAAUGUCUUCUGCUCAGAAAGAAAAAAAAAAGAAAAAUGUGUUAAGACAUGAUUGAGUGUUCAGGGCUGUGUGUUGGCCUCAGAUGCUGGUCUGGCCAGCCUGAUGUUGCUGCCAUUCUUGUACUUUGGUUAUGCCUUUGUUCAGCUUCUUAGCAACUGCAGCAGACUCAUCGGAGUACCUGAGUGCAGGAGCCCUGUGUGCAAUGUGUGAGGACACAGGCAAAGAUACAAUCAUCCUUAGAGUAAAAACUACCUCUAGAUUGUGGUAAGCUUUUACUGUCCCAUAAAACAGGAGCCACAAGUACCUUAUGAGUGCAAAACUGUGAGUUCCUGCAGCGUUCCUGGUGUCUUUCUGGUGUCCUGGGCCACUUUUGAGAAGUUUCCAUCAUUAGGCUUUUUAAAUAUAAG